AUGGGUUCCAUCACCGCAAGCCCCGUUGCCUCCGAUCUUGAGCUGGCAGAUUUAAUAGACAUUGAGAUCGACCAGGAUAUUCCAUCGGAUGCCCUCACUCGUGUUCUUAGCGAGCCACCGUUCCGGAUCGUUGAAGGGGGUUUCAAUCUCCGCGAUUUAGGUCAUAUCGGCCACCCGGGAAUCCAGCGCGGCCUGAUCUACCGCUCUGGACUCCUCACCAAUCUCACAGAAGUCGGAAAAUCCCAACUCGUGUCAGAGUUGUCGCUGGGUGCUAUUUUCGACCUUCGAAGUCACAGGGAAAGAUUGCUUUUUCCCCCUCCACAAUUACAUGAGCAGAUCAAGCUUUUUUGGCAGCCCCAAAUAGGGACACCCCCACCAGUCAACCUGAGCGACUUCACCACCAACAACGGCAACGAUGCAUAUAGGGAUAUGUAUUUAUAUAUCAUGGAGUCCCAUGUACCAAGCCUCAAGGAUCUACUAACCUACAUCCGAGAUGAAUUGAAUGCUGGAUCUACAGGGGAGAGGAAAGCUAUACUCUUUCAUUGCCAUUCGGGUAAAGACCGUACCGGCGUUGCUUCGGCACUGCUGCUGAGCCUUGCAGGUGUUCCGAACGAACUUAUCGCGCGAGAUUACGCCCUGACGAGAGUCGGCCUUGAGCCAGAGAAAGAGUAUCUUCUGCGCUCAUUGCAACAGGCAUGGCCCGAGUGCUCUCCCGGAGCCGCGGGUUUCAAGGAAUUUGCUUCCGUUAAGGCUUCAUACAUGACGGCGUUUCUGGAAGCUGUCCAGGAGAAGUAUGGCGGAAUGGAGAAGUUCGUGGUGGAUGUUAUUGGUAUGAGCAAAGCUGAUGUUGAGGCUGUUCGGGCUGUGUUGAGAGGGGAAUCAUGA